AUGGACGGGUUCAACGAAUACCGGACCAUACGAGUCGCCGAGGUCCUCUCCGACUUUCGGACUCUCCAAUACUACAUCGCUGCGGCGCCUACAGAUCCUCCCAAUAUGGAGGACUAUUACACCGAGGGGUGGGCAGCUUUGCGCCAGUGCUCCCUCGACGGGCAGCACGUCCUCAACUGCGCCGCCGACACCAGUGUUCCGCAGGCAAGCGGCGGGCCGCUUGAGCAGGAGAAAGCGGAGUUGAAGCAAUGCCUCCUCGACUCGUUCGCCAGACGGCACGAAUGUCAAAAGAUCUACCUCCGCCAGGCUGCUGCGCAGCGGUGGGUGAACAACCGGGACGGCAUCCUCCAAGGCGGCAGACCGACCAACAGGAACCAAUCACACCUUAGGGCAUGCGACCAGCAGCUGAGAGUUGAACUCUCUGCGAUUACCGAUGAAACCAUAUACAACGAGCUGCAGAUGUCAGACCGCGCGAUGGGCCGCUGGACGGCUGAGGACCCUAGCCUUCGGAGCGUGCAGCGCUGGCUUCGCGCGCGACGACCGUAA